ACGCACAGGGUCUUCCUUCUUCCCCUCGCCCGCGGUUGGCGCUGAGAGGCGGCGUUCGGCGGGAUGGAGAAAAGUAGGAUGAACCUGCCCAAGGGGCCGGACACGCUGUGCUUUGACAAGGACGAGUUCAUGAAGGAAGACUUUGAUGUCGAUCACGUUGUGUCUGACUGUCGGAAGCGAGUCCAGCUAGAAGCACUUAGAGAUGACCUGGAGCUCUACUAUAAGCCGCUUAAAACAGCCAUGGUUGAGCUCAUCAACAAGGACACACAGACUUUGUCAAUCUGUCAACAAACCUGCUCUGGAGGCCUGUACUCCGAAAGGUGCUAGAAACAAAGCCUGUGAGUGUGAUCCGGGACUCCAGAGCCCCUCACCCACCACCACCAUGGCAGGAAAAGGUGCCAAAGGGACGCUG